AAUUUCACUCAAUCCAAAGUUUGAUUCUUAGAGAAUUGACUUUGACAAUGGCAGGCGGUAAUCGUAAAAAACAAAGACAGGGGAGUAGACAGGCUGAAAUCCAACAAGCAACAACGCUGGAAAACAAGCAGUCUAACUCCAGGGAGGUUGAACCCCCGAUUAAUUUCUACCUCAGCUCACUGGAGGAACAAAUCCAGUGUCAGCUGAUAGACGAAGAAGCGAGGCUCACCCAAACUAACACUCAGGGUCGAGUCCUCCUGGACAUCCACGAAGACUCACUAGCCACUUUCUUGGAUGAGCUUCAAGAACACAAGGAUGUCAAAUAUCAGACCUCCAACACCAAAGAUCUGCAAACAGAGUUAGAGCAGAUGAAAGCAGAGAAUGAGACCCUUCAAAACCAUUUGGAGGCAAAGAACGACGAGCUCCGUGCUUACAAGAGGCUGAUUGCAGUGGCCAAAACCAAUGUGGAGUUGGAGCUGGAGAGCUAUUUGGAAAUAGAGAGGGCUCAAACUCAGAAGCUACGCCACGAGUUGAGCAAGAUGGAAGAAACUCUCCUAAAACAGAAAGAAGAACAGAGAGUGGAGGCUACAAGGUUUGCAGCAGCCCUGAAAAAUACUCAAGAUCUGCUGGAGACAGAACGCCAUCGCUUUCAGCAGGAAAAAGAGUCCAUCCUGCAAAAGACAGAGAACUCCACAGCUUGCUGUCUGGCUCAACUCAACGAGCAGACAGACAAGAACAGGAAGCUAAUGGCUGAGGUAGAGGCCAUGAAGCAAGACAAGUCUUCUCUCGUUGCUGAGCUGGAAAAAUCCAAGGCCUCUCAUCUUUCCCAGCUAAAGAUACAAGCCGUAGAACACGAGGAGACGAGAGCAUCACAGAAGUCUCAGAUAGAUGAGCUAAAACAAGACAAGGACAUCAUUGCAGCUGCUCUUAAAGAAGUCCAACAGCAGCUGAAGAUGAGACAUCUCCAGUGGCAGGAGGACAGGUCUUCCCUCCUGGCCCAGAUGGAAUUAUCCCAGGCCGACCACCUCGCCCACAUAAAGAUGCAGGCUGACGAAAACAAGAACUCCAUGGCUGCACUGAAGAAAAAACUAGAAGAUCAGCUGGAGAGUAGCCGUCUCCAAUGGCAGCAAGAGAAGACCUUCCAGCUAGAGGAGAACAACAAGACCAGAGCAUCCUAUCUGUUUCAGCUGGAAGAGAAAAAACAGGACAACACCACCAUUGUGGCUGCUCUUAAAGAGGCUGAGAAGCAGUUGACGAUUGGACACCUCCAGUGGCAGGAGGACAAGUCUUUCCUCCAGGCACAGGUGGUAACAACACAGGCCACCCAUCGUGCCCAGUUGGAAGUGCAGGCAGAAGAAAAUAAGAACCUGGUGGCUGCUCUGAAGCAGGCUGAGCAGCAGCUGGUCAGUAAUCAUAUCCAGUGGAAGGAGGAGAAGUCUUCCCUCCUUCACACCACAGAGGACCUAGAGCAGACGCUGCAGGACAAGGAGCAGGAGUGGCAGCAGAACGAGAGCUUGAUGAGAAGCCAGCUGGAAGAUCUAGAGAGCCAGAUAAAAAAAAAGAAAGAGAAGUGGUACAGAAAGCUCUUUUAAGAGCUACACAGAUCACAGUCAACACACAAACAGACACUAGCACACAAAAAAAAAUAAAAAAAUAAAAAAAACAAUAAUAAAUAA